GCUGCACCGCGCCGCCCACAACGCCGUCGCCCCGCCGCAGCCGUUGCACAAGCAAACCCCUUGCGGGCAACACACGCAGCCGCGCACCACAAGACAUCUCCGCCGCUCCACGGGGCGCCGCCAGCGCGCGGGUCCCGAGCCAAAGUCCCUCGCCCAUACACACAAUCAAAGGCAGCGAGUGCCUCGUGCAGGGAGACCUGCGCUACAGUAAAGCCUGCGCCGCGCCGCGGUGUGGGGCCACCGGCUGCCGUGGUUGAUCCCCACCGGUGGAUCCCGCAGCAGCAGUCACGCGGGCCGUGCCAGCAGCACGAGGCUCCCCGUCCGGUGGUGGUAACGUUGGGCGCCAUGCAGCACACGUACAGCCAUGAGCGGCAAGCGCAGAAGAGGGCUUACUAUGGAGACAGCGCGAGCGAGCGAGUGGCAGCUUCGGCGUGA